AUGUAUUCCGAUGUAUCCUCCGAGGCAGGAGCAGCUAUACCCAUCAAGCUCUUCAACGCAACGUGUUACUCCCAUCCUUGUCUUAACGGAGCGACUUGCUUUGAAGAGCUUGAUGGGUAUAGCUGUUUCUGCCUCGGAGGAUUCAUCGGAAUACAUUGCGAGCAGAAUGAAGCCUGCCCAGUCGGUUGGGUGUAUGGGCACACAAAGUGCUUCCUGAUCGUGAACUCACUCCCGAAUGCUAAUUGGACAACUGCUCGUGACCUCUGUUAUGGUCUGGAUGCAGUUACCAUGGGCAACGGAGAAAUGGUUGAGCCUUCCCUGCUCUUUAUAGAGAAUAUGGAAGAGUACUCUUUGGUGCAGCCUCACCUGAACGCAGACUGGGUCUGGGUGAACUGCAAUUUUGUCGGGACGACAUGGAAGUGUUACACGGACCGAGAAGGGACCCUAAGUGACUACCGAAAUUGGGAUACUGAUCAACCACAGCAACGCAAUGGCGAGAAGUGUGUGGUGAUAAUUUCCGGUGGCAGAAUGCACGACCGUUUGUGUACGAGAUCAUAUGCCACAGUCUGCCAAAUCAACAUAUAA